GGUGGUGACCGCGUGGCGUCGCUAUUGAUGCGCGAAAAGUACAUGUUAAUCGCAGCAGCAAUGGCGGCGACCUGUACGUGGAAGCCGUGUGAAGAAGCUGGGGAAGAAAAAUCUGUUAUUGUGAAGUUUUCCAAUGGACAGGUUAACACCACAGAUCAGCUGAACUUCAGGCUUUUCAAGCACAGCGAUGAGGCCAACCCGAGAAAGAAAAGCAGGCGCAUUGUGGUCGCAGAAUCAGAUCGGCUGUCGUACGUCGGGAGCAACUUUGGCCCAGACUCUUUACAGUGCAACACCAUGUGCAAUUACUUUGUCGGCAUCUUGGACAAAACUACCAUGCAGAUGAAGGUGCAGAGUGCUCAGCUUUUCAACCUGCAGCCUGUUAUACCAGGUGAAACAGCAAAAAAUUCCGAGGACAAUGAGAACAAGACCUACAGAGAGAAGCUGGACGCUCUCAUCGAGGCUUUCGGCACGACGAAGCAGAAGCGCGCGCUCAGCUCGAGGCGGAUGAACGAGGUCGGCAAUGACACGCUGCAGAAAGCGGUGGCACGAGCCGCCGGUAACGUCAUAGACAAGAAAGGAGUGGAAGCCUUACAGCAGGAUGUGGUGGAUUCACAGGCUCUGUCUGAAUCUACUCUAUUCCUGCCUCCCUGCAACAAGGACGCAGCUAAUCGUGAGGACGUUUACCCCUUUGAUGGCCUGCUGUCUCCAGUCGAGUUCAACUCACUCCAGCAGCUUGGGGAGAAAAUAGCAGGACUGACUCCUGAAGACCAGAUGAGCAAAGAUGGCUUCUUUCCCGAGACUCUGAAGGAGAUAUUGAAAUGCCUUCCCAAAGAAGGGGAAGCUCGAGACCGAGACGCCCGCUGUGCCUGGUACCUGUCUUUCCUCAUCAGACUUGCGCAAACCAAAAAACUGGACCGCAAGCUUGGCGAGAACGAAUGUCCACACGUCAUCUUCAGGAAAGUGCAGAAGAACUUCACAGUGGAGAGUUUCUUUAAAGGAAGAGUGAGGAGCACAGUGACAGCUUCGACAGUUGCUAAGAUCGCGUCCCACUGCCUUGCUCUGCUGCUUCAUAUCGGAGACCAGAAAGUCGACCUCACCCUCCUGUACAGAGACCUGUGUAUCAGCGAAACCAAGAUACUGGAGGUGGCAAAGGCCAUGGGGCUCACGCUUUCCCGCCAGUCCAGCCACAGUUUGGAGGAGUCAGGGCUACAGGAUGACCACAGGAUGGCCUCACUGCAGCUCCCGCUCGUUCGCUACGAACGACGCAUGGAGAGCCGAAAACGCAAGAAAAUGAAAUGAGCAGAAUGAUCAGUUCAAUAUUUCAUACACCAGUUGGUUAAGUCAAAUGCAGCCCAAAGAAACAAACUUAUCAAAAGUGUGUUUAUCUCUUAGCAUGGUGCAUAUGAUAUGUCAAAAUAUAAGUGCAUAAUUCCCUCAAAUUAUGAGGUCUGAUGACUACAUGCACACUUCCGUUACGUUUGGAAGGUUUCAGUGUUUUGUUUUUGUUUUUUUUAUGUUGUGGGUUGGGGGUAAUGAGUGUGAAUCUGUCCAUGUUGUGAAUAAAAAUGAGUCAUUUCCAUGUAACAAGAACAUUUCUCAUGCUCACCAGACAAAAGUCCAGCAAAGCAGCCGAUCCAACCUUGAUACAUGCAGCUCAUUAGAACAAGAGCCAGAUAUAAUUAUGGAGCUCAUUUCCUGAUGAGACUAGGGUACAUCUGUUUCUAGGAAAGCGAUGACUUGACCAGAUUGAAUUAUUCAUGCCCUGCCGUUCUGCCUGUACGUGCAAAUAAGUGAGAUUGUGUUGGGUGGAAAAUGAUUUGGAAAGAGAGGUCAGGGUUGGGGUUUAGAUCAUUAUUACAG